GUGUCACUAAGCGUCAAGACACAUCGCCAGAGUAUAGAAACGGCCUCUUCAACACUACUACUGAAGACACGGAGACGCCACACAAUGCUUCGCAAAUUCGCGUUCGUCGCGCUUCUAGCGAUGUGCCUGUCAGGGGCCUGCUUCGCUGAGAAGUCUGAGUUCAAGCAUCUAUACAAGAAGAUUAAGGACGUGCCAGGCGUGGCGAAGGGCGAGGAUGGCCAGUUCUACAUCAACGUGGAGGAGGAGAAGUUCUACGUGGUGAAGGACCAGGAGAGCAAGAACAUCUACUUUGUCAAUGAGGCUACCAGCGAGCCCCAGUGGCACGACCCUCGCGGCCCUGCUCCCAAGGCUGGCGAGAACAACGUUGACAUCACGAUUCCCCUGGAGCCUCCCAGCCUGAAGGCCAAGGGCAGCACGCUCACCGUCGCCUUCGUCGCUAUGCUGCCUGUGCUUCUCUUCGCCGGUGGCACCUUCGCGCGCAUCAUUUACCUGCAGAUCCACUACCCCGAGAUGCUGUGGCCCACCAAGGAGCGCCGCGACCGCCGCCGUGCUUCCGGCGGCAAGAACAAGCCGCAGAAGCAGCGCGGCAAGAUGAACCAGGACGGCAAGGGCGGCCGCUCCGCCAACUCGUAAAUGGAUGGAGGCGGGACUGCUGGAGCAGUGUGAACGUGGAGCAGCAGCAGCAGCAGCAUGGAGGCAGACAGGCGCAGAUGAUAGCGGUGCAUGCUGCCGAGCUGUGCCGCGCGCUGCGGUCCGUGGCUGGCCCACGGAGCGUUGUUGGAGAGCAGAUGCAGCCAACGGCGGGAAGGCUAGGAGCUGGCGCCCAUCUGCUUGGCGCUGGGAGCGCGGCUUGCAGCGGCGAAAGGGGAGGAAUGGCAACUGGGGCUCAGUGGAUUCUGGGCAAUGGGCAUCCAUGCACGGCAUGCCUGGAAAUUCUUGGGGAUAUGGCGUCUUGGGACCAGGAUGCGAGGUCCAAGGUGCAAGAGCCAGUGGAUGUGCGUUAGCUUAGCAGCAGGGAACUAGGCACCAAACACAGCACCAUGGGGCUCAUAUAUGCACUGUCAUGCGUAGCAAGCAAAAAUUGAGUGUGGCAGGUGAUCCACUCUCACAUCAGUUGUUCCUUAGCUGGCAUCAGGUGACUUGUGUAUGGGGGUCCUACGACACAGGCGACUCCAGCGUUGGCGGCACGAAGUGCUCGGCCGUACAAACUGGUGUACUCGUUGGCUGCCAGUAGCAGCGUGGGGCUCGCCGGAGCGGCCUCGUGGCUGAAUAGGGUGACAGACUUGGUGACGAAGACUACCAAUAAGGAACUAUGUGACGUGACGGCGCAGAUUGGCCUUGAUGCCAGAUACAGCUUGGACGUGAACAGGCAGGAGACAACUGGGACGUGGCAGCAGCGUCAAGGAGCUGCUGUGCAUUAGGGUGGGGACGAGCGAUGCAGCUGUCUUAUCUAGGCGUGCGAUCCUUGCUGUGGUGCCCGCACUCGUGAUGCGGCAAGGCGGCCUUCCAAAGCGGUUGGGUAGAAAGAAGCACGGUCUGGCGGGAGGUGAUGCCGAUAAGGCAUGUACAAAGGGCGUGUGGAUACUACACUAGAGGCCCACACUUGCGUCCGAAGUGAAAGGCUAAGCAUUAGAGCGCAAGAAGGCCCGGCAUAUGUAACCUGUAGCCCUC